AUGUUUUAUUUUCAGCUCCGUUUCGCUAUGAUUUCCAUGUAUAAAACUUCGUUCGAAGGUCGAACGUAUUUUUUGUAUUGGCUGCCGGAUCCGAAAAUAAUAGGCGUAUGUGACGGUAUCAGUGAGGUAUAUGAGUUAGCUAUAAGCGAGAAACAAAGAGCGGAGUUUGUCAACGUCAGCGAAACGAUACUGCCUUCUAUUUGGAGGGAGAGCAUGGAGAAGAAACUCUUUACAAUCUCUUCUAUAUCACCGAAAUCACGAUGUAUCAUAUCAUUCACCACGAAGCGUACUUGUACCCUCAAAGUUAACCAUGACCUCAGUCGGCUGGCAUUCAUUAUGGAAGAGAUGCUGAAGUGUAUUGAGACAUUGAUCGUGGAUAAGAACAAACAGAAGCAACCUAGGGUCAAGAAGACAGUCUCUGAUAUCCCUGUGAAGAGGCGAAAAGCUCCGACGAGAGGGAUACAGUGGGACGAGGAUUAG